UCCUGCGAACCUUUCAAUAUCUCAUUUGACUUUCAUCUACUUCACGUUAUUUGCAAGCUUUUCCCCCUGCAUUUGUCAUUAAAAUUGUGUUUCUACCCUCAGAAAUUAUUAGCUUAUCGAUCCGGUGUGAUAUCCCGUGAUUGGUGUUAUGUUACCAAGUUUAUUUAUAGACUAAUUUUGUGGAUUAGUGAACUGUUUUUUGUGAUAUCGUCUCGUCUACCACUCCGCACAUAUGUAUUACUUUGUGGCAAAAAUUGAUCCUUCUUCGCUUCUUUUUCGCUCUAUUUUCAAGCUUCCAGCGUUUUCUUUGUAUGCGUCCUUUCGGCGAGACUUUUAGAGCGAUGAACUUGGAAUGGUUGCCGUCUUUUGAAAGAAAUUUGCAUUGAAGAGUGAUUUAUUCAUGGAUUGCAAUAUCUCUCCGAUAGCUUUGGAAAUCGAUCCCUCCUCGGUUUUGGCCGUUGAAUUCAAUAAUCAAGCAUCAAUUAAUACUGAUAGUCAGUGCGACGAAAUUCUAGAUAAAGAUUAUCCUGAAUAUUCUACCUCCCAAGAUAUGGUUCUUGAGGAUACCUGGACUGAUGAUGUAAGUCUGAACGCCCCUUCUCGCAGCAACUUGCCGAUACCCCUCCCUCCUCCUUCCGGUUUCGAUGACUUCCCGCUCUGUGAGGAAUCAGAUACCGCUCUAUCCCUCGGUAGUCUUAAAGCGCUGUUCUCACGUAAUGACUCAGAUUCAUCUCCGGUCAAUGAUACCGCAGUUGCAGGCGCUGAACCGGGUGUUUGCGGUCUUCGAAAUUUGGGAAAUACAUGUUUUAUGAGUACUGGUUUACAAUGUCUCAUCGCCACAUCUGCUUUAGUUCACUAUUUUUUGCAAAAGAAUGUCACUCUCUCACUAGAUUCCAUGAAGGAUACCUUAGCCGUUCAAUUUUCAGUAUUAGUCGAGAAAGUUUGGAGUGGCCAGUACUCAGUAAUUCACCCCAUUGAGUUUAAACAAACGCUCGGAGCACACUACCCGCAAUUCAAGGAUUACAGACAACAUGACUGCCAGGAAUUUCUUGCUCUGUUGUUAGAUGGUUUACACGAGCAGCUGAAUGUAGCAUCUGGGAAGGCUCUUGUAGAAGAAGGGAAUAAUGCAUGUCCAUCAUCUAGCUCUCUAUCGCCACAGAAUGUUCCAGAAACUGUUAGUUCAGCGCCAAAAUCCCCGAGUUAUGUAAAUUGCAACAAUGAAGUAGAUCCAGAGGUUGAAAAGAUAGAAGGUGAAACUUGUGAAGUAGGAGGAGACGCAGGCUGUGAUAUUAAUAAUGUAGUCGAAUCUCAGUUAGUUAAAAAUUGCAAUGUCGAAAACGAGCAAACUUUAAAAAUCAGUAAGAUCAACAAUUGUAAACAGGAGGUCAGUAUGCAAAGAGGACCGCGUGGGUGUCCGAAAACUGCAAAAGAUGUCCUGAAUAACGCUCAAAGUCCAAGAUUAACUGGUUAUGAAGAUAUAAUGAAGGAUGCCAAAACUUCCAAUGUAAAUGUUCUAGUCACCAAGCCAGAGGCCAACAAUGAGAUCAGGUUCGAUUCAGAGAAAUUCCCUCGUCAUGAAAAAUUCCGAGGCCGCGAUUCGAUCAACUUCAACACUUUUCAAGUCUAUGAAAACAACACCAACGGCAAACGAGGCAAGAGUACGAUGACCUACUUCAACUCUGUAUCUGACACAGACGGUCUUGAUUUCAAGCGAAUCAAAAUGAAUGACUCUUCCUCAGUGUCAAAUCUUCUCGAUAAAAACCAUCAGCUUGAAUGUGAGAGAAAAGUAGACAUAAAUUUACUGGAGAAAAACGUCAGGAUAGAAGAGGAACGUAAGAAGAAGUUGAUCAAUAGUUCCAUGGCUGUAGAUUCAAUUUUGAUGGAUGACGAGAGUAGUGAGGAUACAAAUUAUGAUGAGGGUACAAUGAACGGAGACAGCAAAGCUGUGUCACUAGGAGAGGCAGCAAGGGAUCCUGGGGUUGAAGAUGAAGCUGAUGAACACUGGGAGAAACAUUUGGCCAAGAACCGCAGCAUCAUCGUUGACACGUUUCAAGGACAGUUUAAAAGCACAGUUGUGUGUUCCGCUUGUCAGUUCGUUUCUGUGACGUACGAGCCGUUUAUGUACCUUUCAGUUCCUCUCCCCCAUGCAAUGGAAAGGCAACUUUAUGUUACAUUUGUUCCUGCUAAAUCCCAUGAACCAGUGGAAUAUUUACUUACUUUGAACAAACAAGACCGCGUUGCCAACAUCAAGGAGCAUCUUCUGAAAUUACUGGAUGAGCCAGUAGCUUCACAGUUGAUGGUUGCAGAAGUUUUGGAUAAUCAUAUAGCAAAAAUCUUGGAUGAUGUCUAUCUUAUCCGUUACGUAGACGAUAUCAAUCGCAAGCUGUACAUAUUUGAAUUAGUUGUUCAACAAUUGAACUCCAAUCUAUUUGGAGAUGAUGGUGCUACUUCAAACCCGUCAAUCGAAGGUUUUGGAGAUUGUGAGGACUUAGCGGAGAAUGUCACUUGUACAAUUUGUUUGGAAGAGAAGGAUACCAAUAUCAAGCAACAUGUAGACUGCUCCUGUUUUCUAUGUAAUGAUUGUACAAAACACUUGCGAACUCAUAAUGAUGAAGACCAGCUCAAGUGUCCAGUAUGCCAAGCUGUAAUCUCACCUGAAAUCGAUAUGGUACCCGUGAAACAUUGUAGCUCAAAAUCAAGUUUUCGGUUGCUUAACAUUCCUGUAGUUUUUAGAUUGGAUAAAGUUGGAGAUGGGAACAAUAAUCAAAAAACUGUUGAACUUUUUGGUCAUCCAUGUCUUCUUCGCUUGUACAAUCGUUUACAAGCCACUGAUUUAUAUGAAAUUGUUGCAUCUCGUUUCAAUUAUAGUCAACCAUUCAAAUUACUCCUGGUGGAUGGCCAGGGCCGGCGGUGUUCGCGUUGCAUGUACAAUGCGCAUUGUAGAGGCUGUGUCAUCCCUAAAGAGGGUCCUGUGAUUCUGCGGUCGGAUGACAAUAUAGCUAUAACGUUCAGCUCUCCUGUUCCUGUUACUCCACCGAGUAAACAUCCUAGCACGGUUGCACUGCGCCCUAACCAGCCUCUUACUCUCCAUGACUGCGUCCGGGCUUUUAGUCAGAGUGAAAUUUUAGAUGAGCACAACCCCUGGUACUGUCCAAAAUGCCAGAAAAACCAGUGUGCAACUAAAACUUUAACUGUUUGGCGUUAUCCAGAUUAUUUAAUAGUUUAUCUUAAAAGAUUUGUGUUCCAUGAAUGCUCCAGUAUGAAACUAGAGGAUAAAGUCAUUUUCCCUCUUUGUGGUAUGAAAUUAGAUCAAUGUUGUGAUUCUCUAUACGAUUUGUAUGCCUGCGUUUGUCACAACGGAGGUGUCACUGCUGGUCAUUAUACAGCAUAUACGCAGCACCUUCAAACUAGCGAGUGGCACUAUUUCAAUGAUGCUAGUUUUAACAAACAAAAACCUCAAGAAGAAGACUUUAGCAACGCUUACGUUCUAUUCUACAAAAAACAAGGUGUAGGAGAAGAACUCUAUCUCGAUAAUGCAAGUGAUUGUUUAUUCAGUUGAUGAUGGUAAAUUUUCAGAUCCUUCGUCACAGGAAUCACAUAAAUGUGUUUUUUGCUUUCGGUGAAUGUAAUUAUAUGUUUGAAUUCGAGUUUGUAACUAUUUGUCUAUCAGAUUGAUUGUAUUCGAUCUAGGUCAAUCACAUUUUACAUGUCUAUUCUUUUAUUUACGAUAAACUUGUGUAUUUUGAAUAAAGUUUCAUCUUAAUAUC